UUUAGGCUGCAGAGCUGCAGCUGUGGGGUUUGGCCCCACUUAGCAGGGGAAGGUGAGGAAGGAAGCUCCCGGGAAAGUGAGGAAUGCGAUUCUGCCACCAUGAUGGAAGGACUGAAAAAACGUACAAGGAAGGCCUUUGGUAUACGCAAGAAAGAAAAGGACACUGAUUCCACGGGGUCACCGGACAGGGACGGCAUCAAGAAAACGAAUGGGGCCCCCAAUGGAUUUUAUGCAGAGAUCGACUGGGACAGAUACAACUCUCCAGAGCUUGAUGAGGAGGGCUACAGCAUCCGGCCAGAGGAGCCAGGCUCCACCAAAGGGAAGCACUUCUACUCCUCCAGUGAGUCCGAGGAGGAGGAGGAGGCCCACAAGAAGUACAACAUCAAGAUCAAGCCUCUGCAGGCUAAGGACAUCCUGAAGAGCGCGGCGACGGUGGACGAGCUGAAGGCGUCUGUAGGCAACAUUGCACUUUCUCCAUCCCCUGUGAGGAAAAGUCCGCGGCGCAGCCCGGGGAUGAUUAAGAGGAAUUUAUCCAGUGAGGAGAUCGCACGGCCCCGGCGCUCCACACCCACACCGGACCCCAGCAGCAGGAAGCCCCCGGAGGACCCAGCUGCGCUGGCACCGCUCUUCGGGCCCCCGCUGGAGUCGGCGUUCGAGGAGCAGAAGCUGGACGCUCCUCUGGACCAGCCCGAGAUCUGGGGCUCCUUCCAGCCCAACAGCACCGAGUCCCCAAAGCUGCAGAGACCUUUUCCAACUGGAACUCCACCACCACUGCCGCCCAAGAACGUCCCAGCCACGCCGCCGCGCACCGGCUCGCCCCUGACGGUGGCACUAGGCUCUUCAUCCCCAGCUCGCCCUGGCACGCCACUGGCCGCCUGCAGCACCCCACCACCCCCACCGCCUCGACCCCCAUCCCGGCCCAAGCUGCCCCCCGGCAAGCCCUCCGUCGCAGACCUGUCCAGGCCUUUUAGCCCUCCUAUUCAUUCAUCCAGUCCUCCUCCGAUAGCACCUUUAGCCCGUGCUGAAAGUACUUCUUCCAUAUCUUCCACCAAUUCCCUGAGUGCAGCCACCACUCCCACAGUUGAGAAUGAACAGCCUUCCCUCGUUUGGUUUGACAGAGGAAAGUUUUAUUUGACUUUCGAAGGGUCGUCGCGGGGCCCCAGCCCGCUCACCAUGGGGGCACAGGACACCCUGCCUGUCGCUGCCGCUUUCACUGAGACCGUCAACGCAUACUUCAAGGGAGCUGACCCCAGCAAGUGCAUCGUGAAGAUCACGGGGGAGAUGGUGCUGUCGUUCCCGGCAGGCAUUACCCGACACUUUGCCAACAACCCCGCUCCGGCGGUGCUCACCUUCCGCGUGCUGAACUACAACCGGCUGGAGCACGUCCUGCCAAACCCCCAGCUCCUCUGCUGUGACAGCACGCAGAGUGACGCCAGCACGAAGGAGUUCUGGGUCAACAUGCCAAACCUGAUGACGCACCUCAAGAAGGUAUCGGAGCAGAAACCACAAGCAACCUAUUACAAUGUGGAUAUGCUCAAGUACCAGGUAUCUGCCCAGGGUAUUCAGUCUACUCCAUUAAACCUUGCAGUGAGCUGGCGGUGUGAACCUGCAAGCACUGACCUCCGCAUCGACUACAAAUACAAUACGGAGGCAAUGACCACACCGGUAGCUCUAAACAACGUCCAGUUCCUCGUCCCCGUCGACGGAGGAGUAACCAAGCUGCAGGCCGUGCUCCCACCCGCUGUCUGGAACGCGGAGCAGCAGAGGAUAUUGUGGAAGAUCCCUGAUAUCUCUCAGAAGUCAGAAAAUGGAGGCGUGGGCUCGCUGCUGGCCCGCUUCCAGCUGGCGGAGGGGCCCAGCUCCCCAGCCCCCCUGGCCGUGCAGUUCACCAGCGAGGGCAGCACGCUCUCCAGCUGCGACAUUGAGCUCGUCGGCGCCGGCUACCGCUUCUCGCUCAUCAAGAAGAGGUUCGCGGCAGGUAAAUACUUGGCUGAUAACUGAAGGAAACGUAUGGAAAAUAACGUGGAAAAUAACCAAGGACUACUGUGAGUGGAACGGGUUUUAAUUACAGUUUAAGGAAAAUGAACUAAAUCCUGCACUUGGGACAUUUCUGUUGGAAGUGUUGACAACUUUCAGCUUUUUUUCCUCAGAAAACACCGUCUUGACCAGUCCUACAGUAUUUACUUCUAGAUGUAACAUUGUUAAUGGUUUUAAAAUGUAAUUAUUGUAUUUGUAAAUUGUACUCAUUCCAGUAAGGCUGUAUUUUGGAAGUUAGACACUUGAGUUUUAGCAUUUUACCAUUCAUGAAAUGGAUGUAAUUUAAACUGUGGUAUAUCAAUUUAAUAGUAGUACUGUUGAAUGGCACAAUGCUUACAGAGGUAGAUUCCAUUUUGUCGAUAUAUACGAUUUAAACACCGUGCGGGUGGCUGUGACAAAGGCGGGUGCCUCACUGAGGGAGCCAGGCGGAGCCGCACGCUCAUUUACUUUCCUCCUGCCCUUAGCACGUCUCACGGUGGUGAAUGAAGCACCCCACCUUCAGGUUCAGAUGGUUUAACUCCAGAACAAUAUUUCUGUGGAGGUGGAGGCUCCUGACGCAGUCUCCCAAGGAAAAGAAGUGAAAAAUGUCACUUCUAGAAAGAGUGUUUCCUUCAGAUGGCCGCUAUAGGAUGCCUCCACCAACAAGGCCGUGUUCUCUUACCGCAGACUCAGCGCCGGCAAUCCCAGCGGUCCGCGUAUCCCUUCCCCAUGUUUUGCAUAUAUGCAGAUGAGGACGUGAGAGGCUGGAAAGUAGCUGAGCUCACAGCUCUGCCCGGCAGUGGCACCGCGGAUUUUGGGGAUGCGUUUCCAGAGCAGGCUCCAGAUUUUCGGUUGCGUUUCCACCAUCCUUUGCUCGCUUCUUCUAUUCAUUUCCUCCACUUCUGAAAGCCCCAUGGGUUUAGGAAAUGCUUUAAAGGUGUGCAGCCCCAUGCUUCUCCUUUUUACUAAUUAGGCAGGAAAAAAAAGAUAUCUCUAUACACCAAUAUUGAGAAAUGAAGGCAGCCCAACCUGACCCUGCCAAAAGCACCGGCACCGGGAGCAGUGGUCUUGUGGAGAUGGGAAAACCUUCAAGAGCUGUGCAGAGGUGGAGAGCUCAUUUCAAUGGGGAGAAAAGGAGGAAACAGCGAUCCGUGCCCAUCCUAUGAGAAAAUAGGAAAAUCUGGGGCUGUUUCAGCUCCGGGCUGGCUCCCGGGUUGUUAUAGGAUGGGUGAUCUGUGUGCGUGUACACACAAAGUGCAAAUGCAGGAGGAAAGCACAACACAGCUUUGCUGAUUUGGAAAGCAAACCCGCCGGCACUCCUGGAUGGAACGCUCUGCCCUGCCCAGCUAUUUACUUCCCUCUGAAAUGGAAAUAUGUACAAAUGGUGUGACCAGCCCCUUCCUGCCAUAGGAACAUGGGGCAGAAUCUAAGAAUCAGUUUCUGCACGAUUGGUUCAUGCUGCGUACAGUUGUUAUAAACUCAUGCUUCCAGAAGACAUCUUUGCCAUAGUCCCGAAAAUAGGGAUUUUAUAGUGUAAAUAUUACCAGAACAUAGAUAUUUUACUUUAUAUCUCAUUUGAAAGACGAGGUGUUUACAUUAGCAUUGGGAUUUUAAAUGCUUUUUAAACAAAAAAGACGAAAACCAAAUAACCCAAAGCUCCCGAGCCCGUCCCAGCGGUGCCCCGCAGCCCAGCUCCCCUUCUCCCAGUGCCGCUCGCUGUUGGGGCCCAAACUGGUGGUGUGGGGCAGGCCCCUCGCAUGGUGGUGUUGCCAAUGCCUCGCACAGUGUUGGGUUCCCCUGGUGUUUCUUUGGGUGCAGUGUAUGGCAUGUCUCUGCGCUCCAUCCUGGCUAUUUGCUGCAGGUAUCCAAUACCUGCGGCCAGAUGACGUGCUCCUUGCACGAGGCAUUGCAGACCGACUUUCUACAUUAAUGGCGUUCCCCAGUAACGAGGAAAUCAUUAACCAUAUGAAAUAGGACCAAAUGAGAAGCGUUUCAUUUGGGAUCUACUUUCGUUCUUAGCUAUCGCUUCCCCAUUGAACGCUGCUCCUCGGUUUUGCCAUAGGGCUGCUGUGCACUCAUCCCCUAGCCCUGCUCCACUUUUAAAAUAAUCUUAAUUUUGAAGCUUACUGUGACCAAAAUGCGUGACAUUCGAGGAGACACCCGAGGUCAGGGGACGGGGGCUCUGAGCACCUGGUAGAGUUGUGGGUGUCCCUGUUCAUUGCAGGGGAGUGGGACCAGAUGGCCUCUAAGGGUCCCUUCCAGGUCAAAUGAUUCUAUCAUUCUAUGAACAUCACCACACUGUACUUUCCCUACAAGAAAUUACUGUCUUAAAGACUUGGUUUCAUCACCAGAAUUAUUAUUUUCUUCUUUCUCUCACACACUGACAAGGAAAGCAAUCCUUGUAGAGCUGAGGACUCCUAUGACUGUAAUUACUGUCAUCCCUAUUUCACUGCAAGGAGGGACAAAGCCCUGUAGGAACACCCAGGCUCGCUGCAGGCCAAGCAGCACACAGAGAGCUGUGACAGCUUCAGCAGGUGCUUGGAACACCUUAUUUCCCUGUUAGACUUCUCUGUCCUUCUUGGCGUGCAGGAAGUCAUUGUGGAAAUGCCACGCUAAGAGUUCUGUCCAUAACCCACAAAGGCCUGUCUGAAACCCACCCCUUUCUCCCAGCUCCAGCUUCAUCCAGGGUGCUCUGAGGCUGAAGAAGUUGCCCAGGUACUUCGGUAGCAUGUGCACAUCCAAAACCGAGCGGUGAUUUGGGAUUGGAAUCGCAACGGGACAUGGGGGGGACGUGGGGGCCGCUGAGCUCAGAGGGAGCCCCAGCCGCCAAUUGGGAUCCCCAGGGCAUCGCCCGAGAGAAGCUAUAUUGUUUUACGAAAUCCCUGGUGUAUAAAAUGUUUAUAAAUAUUUGUGGAUGAAGAUACACAGGUCUAUUUUUAAGAUUUAAGUUAAAUAAGUUAAUGAAUGGCUGGCCUUUUUUGCCUAAACGUGCAAUGGGAUAUAUUAUACCUUUAGUCUAUGAUGGCCUAGGUACUGCUUAGUCUGUGAUGAAAACUUUGCUGCUUACCCAAUGUUCUCAGAGAAAAGCUGUAAGAGGCGUACAGGUUUGUUGCACACGGACUACUGCAGCAAAGCUUUGUAUUUGACCACUGGUAAUAUGAAUGUGUUGUAUUGACUUGUUGAAGAUAAUCAUGAGACAACAUAUUUUAAAUGUUACUUGCCUUAUAGAUUAGGAUACAGAUAUGUGGAUAUCAUUUUUGUAAAUAAUGUUUUUUAUAAAUGUCUUUCCUCCAUUCUCCCCAUCAUCCAUUCCACGAAAUCUUGAAUAUGCAAUUAUUUACCACGCAUAAUAUUGCAACCGAUAAAUCCCCACGUCAGAACAAAGUUUAUUAAUUCUAUACAUGAGAACCACAUGAAACACCCCAUUCAGAUGCAAUUUAAAUGUGAUUUUUUUUUCCUUGAAAAUAAACAGAACCCAGAAAAAAAAAAAACAACUUUCUUUGUGUGUUUUGCUCCCGUGGGCAGGAGAAUCCCAGGGGGAACAGGGGGAUCACAGGCUGCCACGUCCCUGUGUCCCAAAUGGCAUUGCUGCUGGGGCCAUGCGCUGCCACCCAGCUCGGGGAUGGGGCUGUGCAUGGAGAUGUGCGGGGACAACGGGGACGUAGAAUCAUUAAGGUUGGGAAAGACCACCGAGAUCAUCUAGUCCAACCCACCCAUGGGGGCUGUGGGUUAUCUAGGGGCUGUGGGGACCUGUGGGAGCUGCGGGGGCACAUAGUGCUUGGGGGAUGAUGAGGGCAUGUAGUGCUUGUGGGGGGACAUAUGGGGAUAUGGGGACGAUGAGGACACUUAGGGGCUGCAGGGGCUGUUGGGAACCACAAGGCCCACGGCUGCAGUGACAUACAAGGGCUGGGACGACCCUUGUAGGCAACGGGGAUGCACCAGGGCCCUGUGCGGACCAGGAAGACCUGACAGACGUGGAUGCAGGGACAGGGCCCUCCAAGCGGUUCCCGGUGGCGGCGGUGGACGCCAUCCUGAAGGCCGUGCUGGAGGGCUGCCUGCGGGAGCAGUGCUACGAGCCGGGGCUGUGCCGGGAGAUGGCCGCGACCGU